AUGGCGUCCGGCGUCACCGCCGCGACGGCUCCUCCCUCGGGCGCCAAGCACUCGGUCCUCCUCCUGCGCCGCGCCAACGACUACCUCGCCACCGCGCUACGGGCGCGCUACCGCGUCCUCAGCUUCUACGACUCGGGCGCGCCCCUCCCGGCCUUCCUCGCCGCGUCCGCCGCCGCGGAGCCCGAGCCCCCGCGGGCUGCGCUCGUCGUCGGCGGCGGAGCCAUCCGCGUGGACACCGCCUUCCUCGAUGCGGCGCCGUACCUUCGCUGCGUCGUGACCACCUCCGCCGGCCUGGACCACAUCGACCUCGCCGAGUGCGCGCGCCGGAGCGUCCUCGUGGCCGGCGCCGGCGAGGUAUUCUCCACGGACGUGGCCGACCACGCCGUAGGGCUCCUCAUCGACGUGCUCCGGAAAGUCUCCGAGGCCGACCGCUACGUCCGGCGCGGGCUGUGGCCGGUCCAAGGAGACUACCCGCUCGGCUCCAAGCUAGGUGGCAAGCGCGUAGGCAUCAUCGGUCUGGGGAGCAUCGGUUCAUCGAUCGCUAGGCGUCUCGAAGCAUUUGGCUGCGUCAUCCAGUACCAUUCCAGAAGACCAAAGGAUACCGUCUCCUUCAGAUAUUUCCCCGAUGCGAUUAGCCUCGCCACUGAAUCUGAUGUGCUCAUUGUCGCGUGCGCCCUGAACGCUCAGACACGGCACAUUGUCAACAUGGAAGUCCUGGAGGCACUAGGAGAAGACGGCGUAGUGGUGAACAUCGCACGUGGAGGGAACAUUGAUGAGGCGGCGCUGAUCAGGGCGCUCAAGGGAGGGGAGAUAGCUGGUGCGGGCCUAGACGUAUUUGAGAAGGAGCCAGAGGUGCCGACGGAGUUCUUCUCCAUGGACAACGUGGUGCUCACCGCUCAUGAGGCGGUCUUCACCACGGAGUCUCGCUCCGACCUUAGCGACCUCAUGAUUGGAAACCUGGAGGCAUUCUUCUACAGUAAGCCGUUGCUCACGCCUGUUCUUCCCAAGUAGAUGUGGGUUUUUUU